AAGGAGGCGGGCGGCCCGGGCCCCAGGCCCCUCCCAGGUUUGAGUCUCCCGGCUGCAGGCGGAUGGAUGGGGCUUCUUCAGGCGGUGGCGGCAGCAGCGAAGGUGGCGGCGGCAGCAGCGGGAGCGGCUAUGGUGUGGUGGCUCGAUUCUCCCAGUGCCUGGCUGAGUUUCGGACGUGGUUAAGAACCAACUGGUUGAAGUUCAAUGCAGACAAGACGGAUGUGAUGCUGAAAAUGUGCAUCAGAUGUUUAUGUUUAAUUGGUUUACAGACUGUCUGUGGACUCUUUUCCUGUCAAAUUACCAGCCAUCUGUUGAGUCUUCAAGUCCAGAAAUGGAUGAAAUGUUUGACUGCCCAUGAAAGUACAGGAGGUUCAGCAACAUCAGAUGACCAUGAAUUUGAUCCAUCAGCUGACAUGCUGGUUCAUGAUUUUGAUGAUGAACGAACAUUAGAAGAGGAAGAAAUGAUGGAAGGAGAAACAAACUUCAGUUCUGAAAUAGAGGAUCUUGCAAGGGAAGGUGACAUGCCAAUUCAUGAACUUCUCAGCCUUUAUGGUUAUGAUAGUACUGUUCGACUACCUGAAGAAGAUGAGGAAGAAGAAGAGGAGGAAGAAGAAGGUGAAGAUGAUGAGGAUGCUGAUAAUGAUGACAACAGUGGCUGUAGUGGGGAAAAUAAAGAAGAGAAUAUAAAGGAUUCAUCGGGUCAAGAGGAUGAAACUCAGUCUUCCAAUGGUGAUCCAUCACAAUCUGUUGCUUCUCAAGAUGCCCAGGAAAUAAUCCGCCCACGUCGAUGUAAAUAUUUUGAUACAAAUAGUGAAAUAGAAGAAGAAUCUGAAGAAGAUGAAGAUUAUAUUCCAUCAGAAGACUGGAAAAAGGAGAUUAUGGUGGGCUCCAUGUUUCAAGCAGAGAUUCCAGUUGGCAUUUGUAGAUACAGAGAAAAUGAAAAAGUAUAUGAAAAUGAUGAUCAACUCCUAUGGGAUCCUGAGUACUUACCAGAAGAUAAGGUGGUUGUAUUUCUUAAGGAUGCAUCUAGAAGAACAGGUGAUGAGAAAGGUGUAGAAGCAAUUCCUGAAGGAUCUCACAUAAAAGACAACGAACAGGCUUUAUAUGAAUUAGUUAAAUGCAAUUUUGAUACAGAAGAGGCAUUGAGAAGAUUAAGAUUUAAUGUGAAAGCAGCUAGAGAGGAAUUAUCUGUUUGGACAGAGGAAGAGUGUAGAAAUUUUGAACAAGGACUGAAGGCCUAUGGAAAGGAUUUUCAUUUGAUUCAGGCUAAUAAAGUCCGAACAAGGUCAGUUGGUGAAUGUGUAGCAUUCUAUUACAUGUGGAAAAAAUCUGAACGUUAUGAUUUCUUUGCUCAGCAAACACGAUUUGGAAAAAAGAAAUAUAAUCUUCAUCCUGGUGUAACGGAUUACAUGGAUCGUCUUCUAGAUGAAAGUGAAAGUGCUGCUUCUAGUCGAGCACCAUCCCCUCCUCCAACUGCAUCCAACAGUAGUAACAGCCAAUCUGAGAAAGAAGAUGGUACUAUAAGCAGUAGUAAUCAGAAUGGAGUGUCAUCUAAUGGACCAGGUGAAAUAGUAAACAAAGAAGAAGUAAAAGUUGAAGGGUUACAUGUUAAUGGACCAACAGGUGGAAAUAAGAAAACACUUCACACAGAUAUGGAUACUAAUGGUUAUGAAACAGAUAACCUUACCACUGACCCAAAACUUGCCCAUGUGACUGCAAGAAAUGAAAAUGAUUUUGAUGAAAAAAGUGAGAGACCUGCCAAAAGGCGAAGGGUAAACAGCAAUGGAAAAGAAAGUCCAGGUUCUUCUGAAUUUUUCCAAGAAGCAAUCUCACAUGGAAAACUUGAUGAACUUGAAAACACAGAUGACUAAAUUUUAGAUCUAUUUUACUUUCUUUGGAGUAAAUUCUGGUGUGACUAAAAUUUUCAGGGUUGAUGGGUUACCUUAAAAAGUUGAUUUCCUUGAAGCAGUUGGUUAAAAUUUGAAAAUUUAAA